CCCACCCCUUCCCCUCCAUCUCCACCUUUGGCCCCUCUUUCUCCUCUGCUCCCAGUUGCACUCCCUCAAGAACUCACGCGCGCUAAGCUAGCUGUGGUAAUUAGAUUAUACUACUAGCUAGGUUGUUCUCUCUUGCAAGUUUCCGGCUUGCCAUCCGCCAACCUGCCGAACUAGGCGGACACUUGGGGGAUUGGGGUGGAUUUCUUGAGCUAUAAAAUUGGGGGAGCAAGCUAGCGAGCUACGCUACCAGCCAUGGUGAAGGCGUCGGUGGUGUGCUGCUUCAAGCUGCUGCUGCUGCUGGCCCUGGGCGGGGUGACCAUGCACGUGCCGGACGCGGACGUGCUCGCGCCGCUGGAGUCGCUGCAGCUCGACGGCCGACUCACCUUCCACGACGUGUCUGCCGUGGCCCGGGACUUCGGUAACCGGUGCAGCCUGCUGCCGGCAGCCGUGCUCCACCCGGGCUCCGUGUCCGACGUCGCCACCGCCGUCCGGCAUGUGUUCCAGCUGGGCGAGCGCUCGCCGCUCACCGUCGCGGCGCGCGGCCACGCGCACUCGCUCAUGGGCCAGUCGCAGGCCGCCGGGGGCAUCGUCGUGAAGAUGGAGUCCCUCGGCGGCGGGAUGCGGGUGGUGAGCAGCCGCGGCGUGUCACCUUACGUGGACGCACCCGGGGGAGAGCUCUGGAUCAACGUGCUGCAUGAGACGCUCAAGCACGGCCUGGCACCCAAGUCAUGGACCGACUACCUCCAUCUCACUGUCGGCGGCACCUUGUCGAAUGCCGGGGUCAGCGGCCAGGCGUUCCGGCAAGGACCGCAGGUCAGCAAUGUCAACCAACUGGAGAUUGUGACAGGAAGAGGAGAUGUCGUUACCUGCUCGCCCGAGGAGAACUCGGACCUCUUCUAUGGUGCUCUUGGUGGCCUGGGUCAGUUUGGGAUCAUCACCAGAGCCAGGAUUGCUCUUGAGCCUGCUCCAAGGAUGGUAAGGUGGAUUCGAGUUCUCUACUCGGACUUCACGAGCUUCACCGAGGACCAGGAGAUGAUGAUCUCAGCAGAGAAGACCUUCGACUACAUCGAAGGGUUCGUGAUCAUAAAUAGGACGGGCAUCCUGAACAACUGGAGGACAUCGUUCAAGCCGCAGGACCCAGUCCAGGCAAGCCAGUUCCAGUCGGACGGAAGAGUACUUUACUGCCUUGAGAUGACCAAGAACUUCAACCAUGACGAGGCUGACAGCAUGGAACAGGAAGUUGGAGUGCUCCUGUCUCGGCUAAGAUACAUACAGUCCACUCUUUUCCACACCGAUGUCACAUACCUGGAGUUCUUGGACAGGGUGCACUCCUCUGAGCUGAAGCUGAGAGCUCAGGGGCUCUGGGAAGUUCCACACCCGUGGCUGAAUCUUCUAAUUCCGAGAAGCACGAUCCACAAAUUCGCGAAGGAAGUCUUCGGCAAGAUCCUGAAAGACAGCAACAAUGGUCCCAUACUUCUUUACCCAGUGAACAAAUCAAAAUGGGACAACAGGACGUCAGUGGUCAUUCCAGAUGAAGAAAUUUUCUACCUUGUGGGGUUCCUGUCUUCAGCACCAUCGCUCUCGGGUCAUGGCAGCGUCGAACAUGCAGUGAACCUCAACAACCAAAUAGUAGACUUCUGUGAGAAGGCAGGUGUUGGGAUGAAGCAGUAUCUAGCCCCCUACACCACACAGCAGCAGUGGAAAGCCCACUUUGGAGCAAGGUGGGAGACAUUUGAACGGAGGAAACACAUGUACGAUCCCUUAGCCAUCCUAGCUCCCGGACAGAGAAUAUUUCCAAAGGCGUCACUACCUAUGUCUUCAUGACAGUAUCUGCUAUGUAAAGGCUUUUGUAGAGCAUAUGCUGUACAUAAAUGUAGGCAAAAAUAUCCCCCUUGUAAAGACAGGAUCUACAAAAAAAGGUAGCCUGAAGAACACUAGCAGUAGUGGGGGAUACCUCAAAGAAAGACUUAAAAAUAGAGCAGCCUGACCUUAACUCUGGGUGUAGGGGAUGCAACUUUGGAGACAAUCAUUGCAGGAUUA